CAGAGGUAGGAGCAGCAGAAGGAGCAGCGGCUCAUUUCCAUUCAGGGAGUUAGGUCAGCGUUCCUCUGUGACGUUCACCACCUUCAUCAUUCACCAGGACUCCUGCUUCCACACUCCCAGACUACUGACUGCCCUGGGGGGGACCACUGACUGUCUCGGGUUCCUGGAGCCGGUGUUACUGGAGUUAAAGACACACUAGAACUGCCUGCCUGCUACUGAGGUCUGGUUGCCAACAACCAUGAGAAGAUUCCUGCUCUUCCUGCUGCUGUGUCUGCUGGCUUUGUGCCACGCCAGGCCCUACAAGCCAAUCAACGUCCUGGACAUCAUGAGGGACCAUGACAUCAUGAUGCAGGACACAGAUGAUGACGACGAUGAAGAUGAGAAUGAUGAUGAUAACUUCAUCCCAGACUGCCCCGUGGCUUGCCACUGCUUACUGAGGGUGGUGCAAUGUUCUGAUUUUGGGUGGCUGUCUGUGCCCGAGCAGAUCCCCAGUGAGACGUUGAUGAUUGACCUACAGAACAAUGACAUCACGGAGAUCAAGGAAGAUGACUUCAAAGGCAUGAACAAGCUUUAUGCCCUGUUCCUGGUUAACAACAAGAUCUCGAAGAUCCAUCCCAAGGCCUUCCGUGACUUGGAACGGCUGAAGCUGUUGUACCUAUCCUACAACCACAUCACCCAGAUACCUGCCAACCUGCCCAAGAACAUUCUGGAGCUACGUAUCCACGACAACAUGAUCAGCAAGGUCCAGAAGGAGGCCUUCAAAGGACUCAAAUCACUGCAUGUCCUGGAGAUGAGUGCUAACCCGUUAACGAACAACGGUAUCGAGCUGGGAGCAUUCGAUGACAUGGAAGCCCUCUACAUUAGGAUCGCCGAAGCUCGGCUCACAGCCAUACCCAAAGACCUCCCAUCAACCAUCACUGAGCUUCACUUGGAUUACAACAAGAUAGCAAAGGUGGAAAUUGAGGACUUUUUUAGAUAUAAAAAACUAAAGAGACUGGGCCUUGGUUUCAACCAAAUCAAGUCUGUUGAGAACGGAAGCCUGGCCAGUAUACCCAACGUCCGUGAGAUCCACUUAGACAACAACAAGCUGAAGAAGGUUCCACCUGGCCUCAAUUCACUCAAGUAUCUCCAGGUGGUGUACCUGCAUGCUAACAGCAUCAGCAGUGUGGGGGUCAAUGACUUCUGCCCUGUGCGCUCUAGCCUGAAAAAGACCCCGUUUACAGGCAUCAGUCUUUUCUCCAACCCUGUGAAAUACUGGACUAUACAGCCAGCCACAUUCCGCUGUGUGUCUGGACACAGGGGCCUACAGCUGGGGAACAACAGAAGGAAGUAACAGUCAGUCACACACACACACAAUGUCAGUACUCCAUCAUCUUCGUUGUCCUCACGGAAUCACUGGUAUUUCUGAACCAUAGAAAUUCUGUGUUAGCAGGUCUGUUUAUCCAGGCUCUGGUGUAGAUCUGACAGCCCUGGAUAGGUGGAAACAAAAUGUCCGCUAUGUCCCAGUCAGAUCUACACCAGUGAGGGGAGACGACUAGAAUUAGGUGACUAUCGCGAUCACAAGCCAACCUAUAGAGCCUCCUGGUGGUAAACAUCGGCAAUAAAUCAUUUUUUAAUUAAAAAUGGAUCUUUGUACAGAUCAUAUUCCAAACCAGUUGGUUAUUCAUUGUUUAUUCUAUUUCUUAGCUGUUUCUUCUCAAUGUAUUAUAGGAUUAGCCCUCGUAACUGUGGGAUUUGUUCUCUUGUAUAUUUUCUUUCCCUAACACACCGCAUGCCACUAUUAUAUCUGCUACAUAUCUGCCUAAAUAAGACUAGUCACAUUGGUGCUAAACAUACAGAAUUACAGUACUAGUCAACGUAACCUUCAUCGUUUGAACACAAGUAUCUAUUGUAGCAUACCUUAUUGUUGUAAUGUUACUGUAUAUUUAUUAAGACUAAAUAAACUUGAACGUCUCCUUUUCCUGUCAUUUAU